AUGGCAACUACAAAUAAUUCAAAUGCUACAAGUAUGUAUUCAUCUUCAAAUGAUGUAACUUUUGCGGGUUAUUAUUCGUUAUUAAUGGUCAUUAUUGGUACAAUAUUUAAUCUUUUAAUAUUCAUUGUAUUAUGUCGAGCAAGAUUUCGAAAUGCUCAAAAGGUUUCUUCUGACUAUGGCGCGGGAGUGCGGUAUAGUCAUCUAAUACCGCAUACCGUACCGUACCGUGGCUUAUCCAUACCGUACCGUACCGUACCGCCUUACUUCUUUUUUUUCCUAUACCGUACCGUACCGGGACGAGACGGUACGGUACGGUGCUGGUACCGCAUACCGUCGGUCUCUGGUUUACGUAUUAACAAAACAUUGACUGAUUUCAAUAUAUCAGAAAAUCCUCGAUUAUUACAGUCUGCUGCUUUAGCUUUCGUCGAGCCUAUUCAUUUGACAGUAUUAUAUCUAAAGUUUGUUGAUUUACACGACGAUGAAUUGAAAUUUUUAGUAAACGGUUUAGUAAGUUCUACAACAUUGCUUGAACUCCAGUUAAUGGGUAAUAAAUUAAGUGCCGAUGGUUGCGUACAUAUCGAACAUUUACUGGUAAAUAAUAGUAUUUUAAAUGAAUUAGCAUUGUGUUAUAACAAGUUAACUGACAUUGGUCUCAAAUACAUUUGCAAAGGUCUAAUUAUGAACAAAGCAUUAAAAAAUAUUCAUCUUAAUUCAUGUAUGUUUACUGAUCAUGGAAUGGAUUAUAUUAGUGAGAUGCUUAAGAAAAAUAAAAUCUUAAGACAAAUAUCACUAUUUAGUAAUAACAUCAAUGAAGAUGGCAUUGAUGUGAUAAAAGAAUCACUGAAAUUCAAUGGAACAUUAGAACAAUUUGCAACGGAUAAAUUCGAAAUAAAAGAAGAAGAUCGUUACUCUCAAUUAGACAAAAACCAAUUUGAAAUUGCUGAAACUAAAGAGAACAUAAAUUAUAUUAUCAAUUUUAUAGAGAAAAGAGAAACGAACAGAAUACCCAUUUAUACCACUGAGCCGAAAACCAUUUCAUCUGGCUUGUUAAUUGACGAUACUUCUAGUAAUAGUGUUAAAUAUAUCUACAACGAAAACGGAUUAUGUACUAAACAUAUUAUUAAUGACUGUGAUGAUUCAUUGGUGGGUGAUAGUGACGCUAUGCUUCACAAACACUUUCUAUAUAGAAAGCAAAUUUUAAAAGAUGAAAGUAAUUUUUUUCGUGCAAUUAGUGAUUGUAUACACGGCAAUGAUGAUCGUUCUGGCUUUUAUCGACAAGUUGCGAUUGAUUAUGUAAAAGCAAAUCCAAAUGAGUUUUAUGAGCAUGCAUGGUGCCUUAAUCCGUCGUUAUCUGUUGAUGAUUAUUUAGUUAAAAUGAAAGAUAAUGCAAAACCAGUUGAUCAUUUAUUGACAAGAGCAUUAUGCAUACAACUCAGUGUAAACUUGGUCGUACAUACUUCAUUAGGUCAGAGAGAUUUUUUUUGCGUCAAUCAAAAUAAUAGGGAUGGAAAACAAUUACAUUUAUACGAAUCCGAAUUUGCGACGUGUUUUGAUAGUAUUCAUUCAUAUAUGCAGCUAGAUGAAACGCAGACAAAUAUUUUUAUUUCACCUGAACAAUGUAUAGAAACUUCAUUCAUCAUUUUUCCACGCUUCACUUAA